GCACAGCUGUGGUAAUACCCGGAUGGAGGUAGGGCCUGGGCAGUAGUGCCCUCCCAGAUUCUCCCUUCAGGCUUCUUGGAGUGAGAGACAUGCAUCCUGAGGGUCUCAGCUUGGCCUGACCCUGCAGCCAGGGACACGGUCCCCAGUAACCAUGAAGAUGGUCAGUUUGUGGAGCUUUACUCUAUCCAGCUGCCUCCUCUCCCUGCUCAUUCUCCUCCAGCUGUCACCCAGCUAUGCAGGACAGUUCAGGGUUAUAGGACCAGGGCAUCCCAUCCGGGCUUUAGUCGGGGAUGAAGCAGAACUGCCAUGCCGGAUAUCUCCUGGGAAGAAUGCCUCCGGCAUGGAGGUGGGGUGGUACCGUCCUCCUUUUUCUAGAGUGGUUCAUCUCUACCGAAAUGGCAAAGACCAAGAUGCAGAACAGGCGCCUGAAUAUCGGGGACGCACAGAACUUCUGAAAGACAGCAUCAGUGAGGGAAAGGUCACCCUCAGGAUCCAGAAUGUGAGGUUCUCGGACGAAGGAGGCUUCACCUGCUUUUUCAGAGACCACUCUUAUCAAGAGGAGGCAGCAAUUGAGUUGAAAGUGGAAGAUCCCUUCUACUGGAUCAACCCUGGGGUUCUGGUUCUCAUCGCUCUUCUGCCUGCACUCCUCCUGCAGAUCUCUGUAGGCCUUGUGUUCCUGUUUCUGCAGCACAGACUGAGAGGAAAACUUCGAGCAGAAGUCGAGAAUCUCCAUCGGACUUUUGAUCCUCACUUCCUGAGGGUGCCCUGCUGGAAGAUAGCACUGUUUGUUAUUGUGCCUGUUCUUGGACCCCUGGUUGCCUUGAUCAUCUGCUACAACUGGCUGCAUCGAAGACUAGCAGGACAGUUUCUUGAAGAGCUAAGAAACCCCUUUUGAGUGAUGGUGCAACUUCCUGGCAUGAAGGAGAGCCUGGCAGGCCAAGAGACAGGUUGUUGGGGAUGUCUCACUGGCCUCUUUGCUGUAGGCACUUUCCAAUCUACAUCUACAAAAACACUCUGGACUCCAAACAGAAUUUGAUUUCCCU